UCACGUGACGCCGGGCGCCUCGCGUUCCCGGCCACGGCCGCCCUCCUUUGGCUCUCGUCCUCGGGCGUCAUGGCCGCCUCCGUGCCGCGCUCCACUUCUCUCUCCCCGCUGCUCCCCCUUCUCUUGGGCCUCCUGCUGCUCUCCGCGCCUCACAGCGGCAGCGGCGUGCACACCAAGGGCGCCCUUCCCUUGGACACCGUCACUUUCUACAAGGUCAUUCCCAAAAGCAAGUUUGUCUUGGUGAAGUUCGACACCCAGUAUCCCUACGGUGAGAAGCAGGAUGAGUUCAAGCGUCUGGCUGAGAACUCGGCCUCCAGCGAUGAUCUCCUGGUGGCAGAGGUGGGGAUCUCAGAUUAUGGUGACAAGCUGAACAUGGAGCUCAGUGAGAAAUAUAAGCUGGACAAAGAGAACUACCCCAUCUUCUACCUCUUCCGGGAUGGGGACUUUGAGAACCCAGUCCCAUACAGUGGGGCAGUUAAGGUUGGAGCCAUCCAGCGCUGGCUGAAGGGGCAUGGGGUUUACCUAGGUAUGCCUGGUUGCCUGCCUGCCUAUGAUGCGUUGGCGGGGGAGUUCAUCAGAGCCUCUGGCAUGGAGGCCCGCCAGGCCCUCUUGAAGCAGGGGCAGGACAACCUCUCCAGUGUGAAGGAGACGGAGAAGAAGUGGGCUGAGCAGUACCUGAAGAUCAUGGGGAAAGUCUUGGACCAAGGUGAGGACUUCCCGGCGUCUGAGAUGGCCCGGAUCACCAAGCUGAUUGAGAAGAACAAGAUGAGUGACGGGAAGAAGGAGGCUCUGCAGAAGAGCUUGAACAUCCUGACUGCCUUCCAGAAAAAGGGUGCCGAGAAGGAAGAGCUCUAACCAGGCUUCCCAGGGUUCCUUGGGGGGCAGGAAGUAGCGUGUUACCUGCCACCUGGGAAACCCUCCUGGGAUGUCAGGGGAUGGUGGGAAAAGUAGUACUAAACCAACGUCUGGACAUUGCUGCUGACGGGACCACACUUGGAACAUCUCUGUGGCUGCUCUAGGGAUGGCUGGAGCACUUACUCAGAUGGCUACUGGUGCCCCUCAGAAGGAACUGGUGCUAGAGGAACGUGCUGCCCAGGUCCCCAAGUGUAAUUUUGAGCCAAUUAAAGUUUGAAUGUUUUGGUUAAGUGGA